AUGGAGCAUGACCAAGCCACGCCACUGCCAACGGAGAGCUUGAAUACUUCCGAGGCUGAGGACGUGAAAGCGAAACGCCACUCAGCCGUUUCGCCGCCCUACUGGCAGCACAAGAGGACUGUUUCGAGUGCGACACAGUCCUCGUUGCAGGGUCCGCCGCCGAUCUCCUUGGAAGACAACGAUGGCACGGAUCCGCUGUCACCAUCGCAGAGCGCUUUAUGGGCUAAGCAGAUAGCCAUCGAUGGAUAUGUCAUCGUAAAUGGUAACCCCACGGGUAUAGGUGCCUACGUGGUGUGGAAUUGCACGGUUCAGACACUCGACGGCGGACCGAUGACGGUUCGCAAACGGUAUUCAGAAUUUGUCGAUCUACGCUACCGUUUGGCGAAGAACUUUCCCAACCACACAACGCGAUCACUUCCACCACUUCCCCCGAAGAGCGCGAUAUACAAGUUUCGGCCCGUCUUCCUGGAGAAACGCCGGCAAGGGCUGUCGUACUUCUUGACUUGUGUGAUGCUGAACCCCGAAUACGCCGGCUCAGAUGCUGUCAAGGACUUUAUAUUCGGUCAUCUAUAA